CGUUCUCGUUCGCGUUCUUCGUGCACGGCGAGAGCACUGUGUGCGCGAGCGUCGACGUAAGGCAACAUCCGGCGGUCAGGCAUCUGAGCAGGGCUUGCUUGCAGCGUGCGCAGACUUCCCAGUCGCCCGUGAAAGUGAUCCUCGGACCGUAUGGCCUUGCAGGAACGCUAACCGGUCAAGUAGCCCGAGUCGAUUCUCAACUACUGGACGAAUGGAAGCAAUUCUAUCCGAUCAGUAGUUCAGGUCUCGAACCCGGCAUGCCGGCAUUAGUAGAAGUCUUAGUCGGUGGUGUUCGCAUGCGCUAUCCAUCGUGUUACGUCCUCGUCACGGACAUGGACGAAACGUCGACGAUAGAGCAACAGCAGCAUCAUCAUCCGCAGCAGCACCAGCAUCUUCACCAUCACCAUCGCCACACGAUGGAAAUAACGAUGCCACUGUCACCACCCGACUCGCCGGCAAGCUACGAGCAUCCGUUGUCGAUGCAACGUGAUCUGGGCCCCGCCACCGAGUUACCCGAGAGGGUAUGGGCUGAAUGUAUCGUUGGUAGUCCCAAGCAAGAGGCUGCGGAAUUAGGCUCGUGGAAUUUCAACGAUCCGAGUAUCAAGUCUUCCUGUACUUGCUCCAAGAGGCCCGGAGGUCGCGGACGUAAGAGGAAAUCAGCACUGGACGGCGAGUCGGCGGCGCACCGCAGUCCUAGUACCUGGAAGAGCAGUACUGGUGGCAGUAGUAGCAGCAACAGCAGCGGUGGUAAUGCAGCAAGCAACAACACGAAUCUCACAGUCGGUAGCAACACGUCGAGUGCUAGUAAUUUGCAAGCGCCGCCACCGUCGAGUGGAAGUCAAAGGGAAAAAAGCGCGAGGAGACCACCGCCUGUGCCUUUUCAUCGUAGGUCCACUCUGUUCUGGGAUACCACUGCCGUUGCCACCUUUGCCACCGCCGCCACUGCUACCACUGCUAACAAUCUCGUUACGCCUUCCGUUAGUGCCCCAAGAACAUCGUCGAACCGUACAGAUGCGCCGAAAACACCAGCCGAGGCACCACGAGUAAGUGUCAACGAUUGUGGUAGUUUGCCAGUACCAUCGGUAGGUUCGCCAGCAUCGCCUGCACCCUCGCCAUUACCAACACCGCACUCGGAGCCACCGGCGAGUAUUCCACCAGUGGAUGCAAUGCAGCAGUCGAGCGUUGGCCCCGUUAACAGCCCGCAGGUGGGACAGCAGUCCGGAAGUCAGCCGACGAGUAGCGCUGCUCAGUUACCGCUUACUCCCUCGCAGGGUCCAAAAUCGAUUUCGUCAGGUAGCUACGGUAACGCUCAAGCAACCUCGCCAACGCCUCAAGCUCCAGCAGUACAGAUGCCGGCACCGCCAAGCUUAAAACGACCGCUGCUGACGACGAAAGAUUACGAGGGUGCAUUGCUGGAGGAUGAACAUCAGUUACACUGGCUGUACGAUUACUCGACGCAGGAGGCAUGGCUUAAUCAUCCGGUGAAGAGGAUGCGCACGUCGCCGCAAGGCCCAACGAUUUUGAGGAACGGUAGUUUAUAUCCACCCACGAGUUGUGCUGGACCCGACAGUCCGCAGGCUCAACAGCCAAGAGUGGAGAUUAAGCAGGAGCCUGGCACCAAUAUUGGCGAUUUCAUAGGCGGUAGGCCAGAUCCAUACGAGUUUGACGCAACCGGCGAUGAGAACGGUGUAGACGGACUCAAGAGGCAAAGGGACGAGUCCAAGCCAAGCUCUCUAUUUACAAGCGAAGGUCUUCAAGCUUCGAUGAAAGACUUAGAUCAAAUUUUCGAUAACUCCGAUCCUGAUACUUCCAGCGACGAAACUAAUCUCAAUCAGCUCCAAGUGCAAACCCCACCAGGUUCGAACAAAUCCGGCAACGGUGCUCACGACAGUGCGGACACGCGGUUAGACGGUACGACGUCAACCUCCAAUACGCCCAAUUCCCAGACCAACACCUGCAACAGCUCGAGUAAACACAGCUCGUCGUCAUCGAACUGUGGUAGUCGUGGUGUCAGUAUGGUGCGACCUGAAGAAUUAUCAAAAAUGUUCCCAACUCCACCGUCCCUCGAGCAUAAUCCUGUAGCAUCACCUUGCCAACUUAGUGAUCCUAGUAUCGAACAAACUGACUUGGCUAGUACUCAGAGGCAAAUGCAACGGCAAAUGCCAGAUAUUUAUCCUAAUAUGGGUUCACCACCCGAAGAGCCCAUCGACGACUGGUCGUAUGUCUUUAAACCGCCCACGAGGUGUAUGCUUGUUGGUUCGUCCAAGUAUGCACCGCUUACUAAUCUACCGAGUCAGAGUUUGCCACCUGUUACUUUGCCGCCUCACUGCGUCUAUAGGAGUUCGUGGCAGUGCAAUGCCAAUGCUAAUCAAAGCAACCAAGACAAAUCGUCACAGCCAACGCGACCAAACUCAGUCCAACAGCAGCAAGUCCACCAUCAUCCACAACAACCACAACAACAUACGCAUCAUCAGCAACAAUUCCCACCUCAACAGCAGCAGCAUCCACAACCAUUCCCCCAGCAGCAACAGCAACAACUCCUACCGGCAAGUCCGGCGCAAUUACCGUACCGACCAAUGCCGAACGUGAUGCCACCAGGAGUUCGACCACCGCCACCACCUUACGACCAACCGUCGCCAGCUACAUCCACCUCAUCCUACCUGAACAAAAAUCUCAACAGCAUCGAGGCUGAUACUCCUGGACCUAUGCGUGCGCCCGAGUCCAACUCUCUAGCCGUUAAUAUAUUGUUAGGCGACACAGCUCUCAAUAUUUUCCGCGAUCACAAUUUCGACAGUUGCAGUCUUUGCGUUUGUAACGCGGGCCCCAAAGUUGUGGGCAACAUCAAGGGUGCUGACGCAGGCACUUAUCUGGCUGGCUCGUGGGCUGCCAAUAGUAAUGUCUUCCAGGACGACGAUCAAAUAAGAUGUAGCUGUGGCUUUAGUUCAGUUGUAAACAGGCGGCUAGCUCACAAGGCAGGCUUGUUCUACGAGGAUGAGAUGGAAAUAACUGGAAUAGCCGAAGAUCCAUCGGAAAAGAAAAAAGCGUCACUUGCGACGAUCGCCUGCUGCGAUACGAAAAACUUACCCGAAGGUAUCGACACUGUACCGUCGCCGGUACUCGAGUUAUUACGCGAGCAAUGCCUCAUCGUCCAAAGCUCGGCAAGCAGCUUAUACAGAGCUGCGAGAUUGUACGCGGGUAAUCGUGCAAAGCCAAGCUCGUUGAGUGUUAACGCAUUGGAGUAUAGUGACGGCAACGAGCUUACGCUCGCUGCCAUCGAUCAAGGCAAACUUGACGGUUUGCCAGUAGACCGUAAUCAGAGAGUAAGUGGUGUGCACCGUUGGGUAUUCCUUCGAGCGAAAGGUCCGCAAUGCAACGGCGACAUAGUGCGAGUUAUGAAGACGGUGCAACCUUUACUUCAAGAAGCCAUCCAACAAAAAGCUACGCGUAUGUGGGAUGCACCUUACACAGUGCGCAUCCUUACGUGGCGUGGCUUUCAUAGACUCGCAGGUAGGGACACGAAAGAUCGUUGCGAACCGCAGCCUGUUCCUGCACUGGUUGUCGGCUACGACCGAGACUGGCUAUCUUUGUCACCGUACGCGCUUAGUUACUGGGAGAAAUUGCUGCUGGAACCUUACGCUGGUCCAAGGGACGUGGCUUAUGUUGUGUUGGCACCUGAUAACGAAUGCGUUGUUGGCAAGGUCAAGUCGUUCUUUAGGGAAUUGUCCACGACAUAUGAGAUCUGUCGGUUAGGAAAACACACGCCAAUAGCAAAAACGGUGCGUGACGGUAUUCUUCGCGUUGGUAAAUCUACUGUACAAAAGCUUGUCACAGUCAACGGUAACACCGGUAAGCAGCAGCAACAACAACAGCAACAAGAACAACAAAUUGAUGAGUGGUUCAAGCUACUCGGUGAGAAUCAAAUUGGUGAAGGUCUCAGGCUGUACGCGCAGGCAUGCAAUAAUAGGCUAGCACCUUACCUCACGCAAAUGAUCCAAGAAAGAAGUUUAUUCGACAUCGGCGACUCGGGUAUUUGCGGCAAAAAUUCGAGUUCUGUCUCGGAAUCUAUGCCUGCUACACCUGAUGGCACACCAAUCAAGACCGACGAAGGCGAGAACGCGCGAAGUGAAACACCAUCGGGUGCAACACCAAAUGCCAACUCGACUCUGGGCAGUACAACACCAACGACACAAAAUGCACAAAAUCAAUCGUCGUCGCUGACGUCGAGCUCACAACAACAGCAACAAUCAACAGUGACAGUAUUAGGUCCUGAUGAGGAAGAACUUGAAUUACCUUCGAUCGUUGUUUAUCUUGUCGAACCGUUUUCCCUGGGCGGUGCCGAUUGUCCUGACAGACGCAGACUCGCUAUACUCGCGUUAUUAAGAGCGUUUUCCACUGCUGUUAAUGGCAUGCCGGAGAAUGUUAGGGGCAACAUCAGUGUACAGUUAAUUUCGUUAGAAAGUGUGAUGGAACUGGGCAGAGUUCGUGAGAGGCGAAAAAUUCAAGACGAAAUGAGGGCUCUUGCCUUGAACGUGUUCCUGCAGGGUCGGAGGAUGCUCUCACACCAUACGACCGUCAGAAGUCUGACCGGUUUUGGUACCGCUGCGGCCGCUGAUCUUUUUCUUAAGAACAAAGAUGAACGCAAUCGCUCGUCGGUACGUCUGUAUGCACCAGCAUAUGUAUUGGCGCCAUUACGUUGCAAGAGUGAAGCGCCUGAUUCGUUUGGCACUCAAGGACCUGAAGAAUGCUCUGUAUUGUAUCUAAGCUAUUGUCUCAGUGAAGAUCAAGCUUGGCUACUUGCUGUUGCCACUGACGAUCGAGGUGAGAUCUUUGAGACUGCCACUAUUAACGUCGACAUACCCAAUCGAAAGAGACGGAAACGUGCAUCUGCAAGGAGAGCUGGUUUGCAAAAGCUUAUGGACUUCACUCUUGGUGUAAUGUCGCAAGGGGUGUUACCUUGGCGACUAGUAGUAGGUCGCGUAGGUCGUAUAGGCCAUGGCGAGUUGAAAGGCUGGAGUUGGUUGCUUUCAAAGAAAGCUCUGAUGAAGGCAUCAAAGCACUUGAAAGAGAUUUGCGGUCAGUGCAGUUUACUCUAUCCAACAGCGGCACCGUGUGUGUUGAGUGCUUGUCUCGUAUCACUUGAACCUGACAGUACGCUUCGAUUGAUGGCCGAUCAAUUCACACCCGAUGAACGGUUUAGCCAGGUGUCGGUCAACUGUCAACUAUCGACACCACAAGAUGUCACUUGCACUCAUAUUCUUGUUUUCCCUACGUCUGCUACCACGCAGUCGUCCCAAACAGCCUUCCAUGAGCAGCAAUCGAGUGACCCGGAGUUAGGCGACGAUGAGCUCUUCUCCGCGCUACAUGAUGAUUUACCCGAGGGUAUGGAAGGUAUGGGCGACUUCAAUGACAUCUUUAACGUGUGGCCCGAGCCUGGCGCUGGUGGCGGUCAAAGUCCAAGUGGUAGUCCUAGAAGACCGGAGGGUUCACCUAUUGGUCCUGACGGCCCGGGCUCUGGCAUGGGUAAUCACGAUAGUGCUGGCAGUCCAUUCCCCUGCAGUAACACGCCAAGGGCAACAAAUGCAGAGCAAGCUGAGGAAGUCGGCACGCUACUCCAACAACCAUUGGCUUUGGGUUACUUGGUGUCAACAGCGCCAACCGGUCGAAUGCCAUCGUGGUUCUGGGCUGCCUGUCCUCACCUCGAAGGCGUCUGUCCGGUUUUCCUUAAAAAUGCUCUUCAUCUGCAUAGCCCCGCCAUCCAGCAGAAUAGCGAUGAGUUUCUGCAUCAGCAGAGUGCCGUCACCGUACACGGCCUUGACUCGCAAUUCACCACCGAUGUGCUCAGAUACGUAUUAGAGGGUUACAACGCGCUCUCUUGGCUAUCGGUAGACGCCAACACGAAGGACCGCCUGUCAUGUUUGCCAGUCCAUAUCCAGGCGUUGAUGCAGCUGUACCACGCGACGGCAGCCCUCGUCUGACCCACACCUUUAUG